AUGAGCGUCUCCAUGAUAGACAUACAGCGAGACCUCAUUCUCAACACCAUUCGCCAAACUACCCGCGGCGACUGGAAGAUCCUCAUUGUAGACGAAGAAAGCCAGAAGCUCAUAAACAACGUGGUCAAGGAAGAUGACAUCCUCAAUACCAAUAUCACGAACAUCGAGCGUCUCGAGGAGCGCCGAACCACUCAAAGAGACAUGGACGCCAUAUACAUUCUCACGCCAAAGGCACACAUUGUCGAUUGUAUAAUGGCCGAGUUUGAUCAGAGGCGGUACAGGGGCUUCUUCCUCAUAUGGACAACCUUACUCCCGCCCCAGCUCAAGGAGCGCAUCGACCGGUCGCAGAUGGCUCGAGAGCAAAUCAGAAGCUUUAGGACGGUACACCUCGACUACCACCCCCAAGAAUCGCAUCUCAUCACUUUCCGGGACCCUUGGAGCUUCCCGAUACUCUACCACCCAGAGUGCAAUAACCUGGUUGUUCGGCAUAUGGAGGAUAUCGCUGAGAAAAUCACAGGAGUCUGCGUUGCGCUGGGCGAGUACCCCAUCAUUCGAUACUACCGCCCACGGAAUCCAACCCACGAGGCCAGUGUCCUCUGCUCACAUCUUGCGCGCUUUGUUCAGGAUAAGCUGGACAUGUAUGCCCAAUUCAACCAAGACUUUCCUCCGCAGUCGAACCGGCCUCGGGGUGCUCUCUACAUUACCGAUCGAUCCAUGGAUCUGAUGGCACCCUUUGUGCACGAAUUCACUUACCAGGCAAUGGCGUUUGAUCUACUUCCCAUCCAAGAUGGCGACAAGGUGACAUACAGGACCGUCGUCAAUGAGGAAGAUCCUGAGGCAGAAGAGAAGGAUAUGGAAAUCUCCGACAAGGACAGGAUCUGGGUCGAAAACCGACAUCGCCACAUGAAAGAUACCCUCGACAAGUUGAUUAACGACUUCCAGAAGUUCAUUGCUGAUAACCCCCACUUUACAAACCAGGAUGCUCAAAACGCCGCCGGUAUGAAUGGGUUGAAUGCCAUCAAGGACAUGAUUGCCGGACUGCCGCAAUUUCAAGAAAUGAAGGAGGCUUACUCGUUACACCUGACUAUGGCCCAGAGAUGCAUGGAGAUUUUCCAAAAACACAAGCUGCCCGAUCUGGCGUCGGUAGAGCAGUGUCUCGCCACUGGUCUCGACGAAGACUACCGCAAGGCCAAGAACAUGGCCGAUCAAGUCGUGCGAACGCUAGAUGAAGGUGAAAUCACGCCUGCAGAUCGGUUACGCCUCAUUGCCCUCUAUGUCAUUUUCAGAGAUGGUAUUCUACCGGCUGAUCUGCAGAAGUUGCUGCUCCACGCACAGCUUCCUCCUCCCGAUGGCGAAGUCAUCCGCAACCUCGACCUCCUUGGAGCGCGAGUAGCCAGACAGUUAAAAGAGAAGAGAGAACCACCCCCACCUCUAUUCCCACCUAAACCAGCACCACCACCGAAUGCUGAAGACUAUAGUCUGUCUAGGUUCAACCCAGCGCUGCAAGAUAUGUUAGAAGAACAUGUUCGCGGCACCUUGCCCCAAGACGUAUUUCCUUUUACAAAGAUGUCGCCCGAUGAUGCGAGUAUGAUGCAAGACAACGCACCUGUGGCAUCUCUCCGCUCCGCAAAGCCCACGUGGGCGAAGUCUCGUCUAGCGAGCGUAGAGCCACGACAGCGCGUCAUUGUGUUCGUGGCCGGCGGCGCAACAUACUCAGAAGCACGUGCCUGCUACGAUAUCUCCCAUAAGACUUCAAGAGAUGUCUUCCUUGUCACCUCGCAUAUGGUGAAGCCACAACUGUUCCUGCGCCAAGUCGGCGACCUUGGUCAGAAUCGCCGUAAUCUCCACUUACCUAUCGAUCAACCCCCUCCCACGGCACCAAAGCAUUUGUUCGAAAAACCAGAGCCUCCGAAGCCAGCGCCGCCUCCAGCUGGUACAAAGCCAAUACCGGGAGGCCUGCCAUCAGGUCCAAGGGUAGGCGGGCCUAAGCCACCGACAGCCGCCAUGGGCGCGAUCAACUUGAACACACCCAAGCCAAGUCCAGCGCCGUCACAGAGCAGUGGGAAGCAUAGCAAAGAUGAGAAGGACAAAGAGAAGAAAAAGAAGAAGUUGCAUCUGUUUUCUUCCAAGCAUUAG